AUGUCUGCGUAUUACAGCAACGACAGCCGGUCAAGGCCGCCUCAUGGCCGCGCCGAUUCACCGGAACGACCGAGCUCAAGAGACUCAUACACUCGUGAGUCGAUGCACCUCGAACCUCCUCCGCCAAGCUACAGGUCGUCAUCGCGGCCCCGAUCCGUGACCCCGGAUGGCAGGGAGCUGGUUGCCCGCAGGCGCUCCUCCUCUAUCGCCUACUCAGACAAUUACGACGACGACGACGGCACCAUCUCAGUAUCCCGGAGCACCAGCUACAGCAGAGGUGGUCGUGACUACGAUGACGGCCGCGAGGAUGAAGCAGACGAGGAUCGCAUGCGCCAGGCUCGCAAGAUGGUGAAAAACAACUUUAGCAACUCGACUGUCGGUAUUGGCGCAAGUCUCGUUGGCGCCCUCGCCGGCGGGUACGUUGCCCGCGAGGCGUCAGAACGCUUCGCAGAGAACCGUCGGCGGUCAGGAGAUUCGAGGGGCUCGAAGGGCUCGCAGGGCUCGCGGAACCGUCAGAACAGCGAGACUGACAAGGAGGAAGAACGUAUCCGCCUAGCCACGACCAUUCUAGGUGCCGCCAUUGGAGGACUGGGCGCAAACGCCCUGACGAGGCGGUAUGAGAACUCGCGGGACGUCGCCGAUAUUCGACAGCGCGCCUGGGAUGACUCUUAUGGUCGUGACGAGGGCGAGUCGUCGAGAUACAGCGCCGACCGCAAAAGCAGCAGCAGACGCAGUCUUGAGGAUCGCGGACGCGACGACUACUACGGCAAUGACUACUAUGAUGAGAGGCCAUACGACCGGCGAUAUGCAGACAAGCGACUGCAUCCUUCUUAG